UCAUUCUUCUCCCCGUGUUCCUUCUUUUCUCCUCGUCGCCGUGCUGCUGAAUUUCUCUUUGGUUAUAUCGCCCGAAACUUCCAGCUAGGAUCGACAAACCCUAGCUCUUCUAAGCCCCUUCUGCUCGGAAAACCCACCGGCGUGAGAAUCUUCGAUGGAUCUGGAGGUCUUUGGACGGCACGCUCUCCUUUUCGACGACGAUUCCAUGGCGGCGUUUGUCAACUCCUCGGCGGCGCUCGUCGAUUGGAACGACCUCUUAAUCGAUCGCUACGAUGUUCGUCACCUCCUCUCUUCUCUUCCGCCGCGUCCCAAACGCCGCCGCACGAACUCCGACGACCCUGACCUGGAAUCGGAGCUCGAGCACGAGCGUUACCUUGAUUUACCCGCGGGAUCUCAAUCACCGUCACAGGAUCAAAACGAUUUGAAUGAUGUUUCAGAACCUACAAAUGCUGGUAGUUUCAAUGCUGUCCCUUUCUCAUAUGGAACCACCAGUGAAUCCAAUGACCAGAAGAACGCUGAUACAGAAUCUGUGUUUCAUCCGCCUUUCCCUGUACCUGAAUCUUUACUAUUUAACCUGCCUCUGACGGAGAAGUUACAUCAGAUAAUCACUAGAACUGCGAUGUUCGUAGGCAAACAUGGUGGUCAAUCUGAAAUUGUUUUGAGAGUCAAACAAGGAGGCAACCCGACAUUUGGGUUCUUGAUGCCAGAUCAUCGCCUUCAUCCCUACUUUAGGUAUCUUGUUGAACAUCAAGAGCUUUUAAUGGGGAAGUCCUUUGAAGAAGACAAGAAAAAUGAAGGUGGGCAGGUUAGUGGAGCCUUGUCAUUACUUGGUUCCAUUUAUGGAACUGGUGAAGAUGAAGAUAUUAAAGACGAGUCCGCCAUGGACUCUAAAAUAAAUGAAUCUGAUGAAGGGGACAAGGAUGUAAAGGCAGCUGUUUCUAUUGGAACCGAAGGUUUGGAGGGAAAAACAAAGUUGGCAGCAGAAGGAUAUGCUGUCUCUAAGCAUCAUCUUCUGGUGAAGGAUAAGGUAUCCAUAAUAAAAGGAAACCCGUCCGUCAGUACAGUAAAUAUUGGAGACACAAAUAAGACGAAAAAGGAAGAUGAUAGCCCAGAAAAGAUUCCCACUUCUGCUGAUAAAUUGCAAUCUUCUGUGGCGCAAACACAACCCAAGUUUGAACUACCAAUUGUGGAGCCUCCAGCUGAUAUGAAAAGAGUGAUUGAUAAGAUAGUAGAGUUCAUCCUGAGGAAUGGGAGAGAAUUUGAGGCAAUUCUUGCUGCACAGGAUGUUAAAUAUGGGAGGUUCCCGUUCUUACUUCCAGCUAGCUUAUAUCAUGCUUAUUAUCGUAAGGUUCUUCGAGAAGCUGAAGAGUCAAAAUCAUCUGGUGAAGGCAAAAUCUCUGAAAAGCGGGACAAGAAUCAAGACAAGAGGGCUGAUAUUGCAAAAGAAGAGGACAAACCAGCUGAUGGGAGUGAUUUACCCAAUGAUUUUGCAAAGAAAGAGAAAUUUAAGAUGGUUAUAGGGAAGUCGAAGAAGGAUGAACCCCCUAAGCCUGUCCAACCACAGAUAGGCGUCACUAUUGAUGCAGAUGCUGCUGCUGCGAUUAUUCAAGCUGCGAGAAGGGGCAUCAAGAAUCCCAAUUUAGGGAUUCUAUCUAGCAAUUCUUUGAACGAGACUUCUUCUCAAGGCCUUGGAAGCGACAGCAGCCAGCCCUCUAGUAUGACCAAAAACAUAGGUCAGAUGAGUGGGCAGUCCUUUUGUGGUCCUGGCGCCAAAUCUAUUGCCAAAACAGCAGCCCUAGCAGCUGCUAAUGAAGCUGAUUCUUCUGAAGCAGGCUUGUCCAAGGAGCAGAAGCUGAAGGCAGAAAGAUUAAAACGUGCAAAGAUGUUCAUGGCCAUGUUGAAGAGCGGAGCCGAGCCGUCGAAAGCUGAACCAGCACGAUGCUUAUCCAUAGAACCUCCAGACUCUGGUUUGUCUGGAUCAGGUGCUAAUGCCGUGGAAUCUGCUGUUAGAGAAAGAGAAGGCAGCUCGGUUCCGUUUGAAGCUGAAAAGAAAUGUCCUGACAAUGAUAACAAUGAAAGAAGAUCAAAGAGAAAUUAUCGUUCAAGGUCUCAGAGGGAUGAGGAUGAUGAGAAAGACGAAGAAGAUAAGAGUAGGGGGGAAGACACAGAAGAAAUUCGGAAUAAUGAGAAGGAUUCUAGUGGAAAGCGGCAUUCAGACCACAGCCGAGAUGGGCAUAAGCAUAAGAGACGACGUUCAUCAAAGGACACACGCUCUCGGGAUAAGCACAGACACGAUACCUCAGAUGAUGAGCAUCAUAAGCGGUCCCGUCAUAGACACAAGCACGGUAAGUCUUCUCGGAAGCAUGAAUUAGACGAUUCUUCUGACAAUGAGCAUGGACAGAGACACAAAUCAAGUAAGCAUACGCAUGCUGAUUCAUCUGACGACGAGCGUGAGCAUCAUCGGCGACACAGAUCCAGCAGGCAUAAUAAUAAGCAUGGAGAUUCUUCAGACGAUGAGCAUCGUCGCCAACGCAGAUCCAGUAAGCAUAAUAAGCACAAGGAUUCUUCCGACGACGAGCAUCGGCACAAAUCUAGUAGAUGUAGAAAGAAAGAGAAGAUAGCGGUGGAUGAGGAGAUUGUUUCAAAGUCGAAAGUGACGGAUAACCGUGAAGACAGUUGCGAGUCGGGAAAACCAAACCACGAGCAUAAAGGCCCUUUGUCAGGACAAAACGAAGCAACACAAGUGUCAGAGGAGCUGAGGGCCAAAAUCCGUGCCAUGUUGACUGGUACCUUAUUUUCAGGUGAAAAGUGAGGAGAAAAAUGGAGAUUGUGUUCAGGAGAGUGAGAGGGCAAGCAUAAAAUAAAAGGUCACAGGAGGGGUGGCGCUUUGCGGAAAGGAAAGGCAGUGGAAAUGGAAUAAGGGGAGGGAGGCGGAUGCUUGGAAGUGCGGGUGAAGUUUAAGUAAACGACCCCACCAACAACAUCACUUGUUGAGACCGAAAGUGACGCCGUGGCACUUUUGGUGACGUAGGAAUUAUUUACCAACGGAACAAGGUACCCACUCUGUUUUUAUAUAUUAAAAGAGAGAAAAAGGAAGAAGAAGAAUGGGGGAUGAUGGGUGGAGGUUAGAUUUGAUUGGAUUGGAUUGGCAUUUACUUGAAGCAUAGCAUACCCCCCUUAGUAUCUGUGCGGACGUAGCUCUUCCGCCUUCUGACUCCUCCACCCUUAAAGGCUAUAUGACUUUCUUUUCUUUUCUUUUCUUUUUGGUUGCUUGGGUCUGUGAUCCUUUCUCACACUUUUCAGCCUUCCUUUUUAGAAGUUGUUGUAUCAUUGGCGAUUGCUUAGAUGUUUUCUCCUUUUCUUCUUCUCUCUUUUGCCAUUCCUUACUCUCCACGCUCAAGUUUUGGCUUAUUUAGGAUUCUUCAAGGGAUGCUAUUUGCUUGGGAUAACUUCUGAUCAUCUUUUUCUUUUUAA